CGACUACAUGUUUAUAAAGCGCCCCAUAAUCCGAGUGAAGGUAAUUGCCCACCCUGGCACCAACAACAUCACCUUUGAGCCUGGCCUCGAGAGCAUCAAGACCAUUGUCAUCAAGUGGUUCCAGGCCAUCAUCAACGUGUCCCAAGCACUGGCUUCUGUUGAUAAGAUUAUGUAUCCCAACACGCCCCGGCCGGAGCCGAUGUUGAUGGGCGUGUUCGCGGACGAGCGCUACAUGAUAGACGUCAUCAGCGAGGCAGUGCGCCAGGUGUCCGUCAACAAGCCCGGCCCGCGCGCCUUCCUCGACAGCUACACCGACUACUUCUACAUACUCAAUGGAGAAGCCAAGCAGGAUCUACUUGCUUUCUUUGCACAGGAACCACCGCCAUUUUUGAAGGACUUCUCAGCGCGCAUCUACAUGUACGAGAAGCUCCGCGACGAGAUCCUGUUCCUCCGCCGCGACAUCCCCCUCAACAUGGUGAUGUUGGACUGCGCGCCCAUCAACGACACGCUCUGGGACAUCGUCAACGGGCUGCGGGAGUACAUCGUCGACCACUUCAUCAAUGUUAAUCGGAAGUGGAAUCGAGGUAUCUGCAACAUAUACGAGGACAUGGCGGCCCGCGCGUCCGAGACGCCGGAGACCACGGCGCAGCUCGUGGAGCUCAUCACGUACAUAAUGGACUGCCGCGACAGUGCCAUGUUCGACCUCCGGGAGAAGGCACGCACCACUGCGGAGUACGUGCUCUUCCUCAUGCAACAUGCGCAUCUUACCUUUGAAGAUGUGAACCUGAAUACCAGAGUCUUCCUCUGGCCCCUGGACAUGGAAGAGACGAUAGACCUGACAUUAAAGACCCUCAACACCAAGAAGACCAUGGCUGAAGACAAGCUGAGGAGUCGCAAGACAAUCUUUGAAGAUAAACUAAAGAAGCAUGAGAAAGACUUGGAGCUGUUCCGAAGAUUUGAUCCUCCACUGUUAAACUUGGACUUGCUGCAGGAUGCUGUUGAAAGGGUUGAUGCCAUAUUCAGGAAUUUGAUGGAAGACAAACAUGAAGCGGAGUAUAUAAUAAAUGAAGAAACACUGCUGGACCAGGAGGUAUCUGUCUACUACAGCCUGCAGACCAUGAUCUCAGGCAUCGAACCCUUCCACAAACUCUGGCAUACCGCAUAUGACUUCUACGACGGAUACGAGAAGUGGUACCACGGGCCCUUCGAAGGUCUGGAAGCGGAGCAGAUAGCUGAAGACGUAGAGGCGUGGUGGAAGUUACUGUACAAGUUGGGCAAGCAACUCUACGAGUACCCGGGCGCUAAGCGGAUUGCAGACAUGGUGCGGAAUAAAGUGGAGAAGUUCAAGGUGUUACUGCCUGUGCUCUGCGCUAUUUGUAAUAAGGGUAUGCGCGAUCGCCACUGGGCAAAGAUCAGCGAACUGAUAGGCGCCGAGGUAGUGCACGAGGCGGGCACCACCCUGGCGGACAUGGUGGAGCAGGGCGUGCACGUGUACGCGGCGCAGCUCGAGGAGAUAGAGCAGUACGCCUCCAAGGAGUACGCGCUCGAGAAGGCACUCAACAAGAUGAAGGACGAGUGGGUCGGCGUCAAGUUCGAGGUCGUGCCUUACAGGGACACAGGUGUAGGUAUUCUAACAGGACUGGAUGACAUUCAGCAGCUUUUAGAUGACCACAUACUGAAGUCUCAGACCAUGCGUGGCUCUCCUUAUGUGAAGGCAUUCGAGGCUGACAUGAUCGCCUGGGAGGAGAAACUCAUCAGCAUGCAGGAUAUACUCGACCAGUGGCUUACGUGCCAAGCCACAUGGAUGUAUCUAGAACCCAUCUUCUCAUCCGAAGACAUCAUGAGACAAAUGCCGACGGAAGCAAGGAACUUCCGCGACGUGGACAAGGAGUGGAAGACUAUCAUGACAGCCACACAGAAGGACCCCAUGGUCCUCCCGGCCACUGACUUCCCUGGCCUGCUGAAGACGUUAAAGUACAACAAUGUACUCCUGGAGGACAUUCAACGAGGACUUAAUGAUUAUCUGGAGAAGAAGAGGCUGUUCUUCCCUAGAUUCUUCUUCCUAUCAAACGACGAGUUGCUGGAGAUUCUAUCAGAAACGAAGGAUCCCAUGCGAGUGCAGCCUCACUUGAAGAAGUGCUUCGAAGGUAUCUACACGCUGGAGUUCAACUUCGCGAAGGAGAUCGUAGGCAUGGCCUCCUCGGAGGGAGAGUCCGUUAAACUGUCCUCUACCAUACAGCCUGCUGAUGCCAAGGGCAUGGUGGAGCGCUGGCUGCAGCAGUUGGAGCACCAGAUGAUAGUGAGCCUGCGGGACGUGGCCAGCGAGGCCAUCACCAGCUACGUCACCACCACCAGGGUGGACUGGGUGCUCAUCUGGCCCGGACAGAUCGUACAGUCCGGCGCCUGCGUCGAGUACACGCUCGAGACUAUAGAGGCGAUAGAGACGAACUCCCUCCCGGAGCAGAUAAAUCGCAGCACGGACCAGAUCAACGGACUCGUGUACCUCGUGCAGGGAGACCUCAAGCCGGGGAACAGGAUCACGGUCGAGGCACUCAUCGUGCUCGAUGUCCACGGUCGAUCAAUCCAGGAGGAGUUGUUAGAGAGGAACGUAGUGGACGUCACGGACUUCAACUGGAUCUCUCAGCUGCGGUACUACUGGCGCGGAGAGAAGAUGAUCUGCUCCAUGAUCACUACCGACGUGGAGUACGGGUUCGAAUACCUCGGCAAUAUUGGACGACUGGUUGCUACGCCGCUUACUGACCGGUGUUUCAGGACUCUCAUGAGUGCCCUAAAGUUGAACCUGGGCGGUGCCCCCGAAGGUCCAGCAGGUACAGGUAAGACGGAGACCACCAAGGACCUGGCUAAAGCCGUCGCUAAGAAGUGCGUCGUCUUCAACUGUUCCGACGGACUCGACUAUAAGGCGCUUGGCAAAUUCUUCAAGGGUCUAGCCCAAUCCGGGGCGUGGGCAUGUUUCGACGAGUUCAACCGCAUUGAGCUGGAGGUGUUGUCAGUGGUGGCCCAGCAGAUCCUCUCCAUCCAGCUGGCCAUCCUCCGCCGGGAGAAGCGGUUCGUCUUCGAGGGAACAGAGAUUAGCCUCAAUCCGAGCUGCUCUGUGUUCAUUACUAUGAAUCCUGGUUACGCGGGCCGCACGGAGUUACCAGACAACCUGAAGGUGUUGUUCCGCACGGUGGCGAUGAUGGUGCCCGACUACGCCAUGAUCGGGGAGAUCACGCUCUACUCUAACGGAUUCGUACAAGCUGGACCACUAGCCCGUAAGAUAGUGCAAGCCUACAAGCUCUGCUCGGAGCAGCUAUCGUCCCAGAACCACUACGACUACGGCAUGCGCGCCGUGAAGUCGGUCCUGCUGGCGUCCGGCGCGCUGAAGAAGAACUACCCUGAGAAGGACGAGGCACAGCUCGUGCUCAGGGCCAUCAUCGAUGUUAAUAUGCCCAAGUUCCUCUCACAGGACGUACCUCUAUUCAUGGGUAUCUACACGGACCUGUUCCCUGGCAUCGAGAUCCCGCAGCCAGACCGCGUGGAACUGACGCGCUGCAUACUCAAGGAGCUGGACAAGCGAAACCUGCAGGCCACCGACUGGUAUCUGGAGAAGAUUAUACAGGUGUACGAGAUGAUGCUAGUUCGGCACGGGUUCAUGAUAGUGGGGCAGCCGAUGGGAGGCAAGACGCAGGCCUACCAGACACUGGCGGACUCCCUGCGAGCUCUACAGCUCACCAAGCCACCACCGCGACACAAGGAGUUCGGAGCCAUCUACCGCAUCCUCAACCCCAAGGCCAUCACCAUGGGACAGCUCUAUGGAUGCUUCGAUCCUGCCUCGCAUGAAUGGACAGACGGUGUGCUGGCGAUAGCAUUCCGUGAGUACGCCAUGUCAAUAACUCGGGACCGCAAAUGGAUCCUGUUCGACGGACCCGUGGACGCUGUGUGGAUAGAGAACAUGAACACUGUGCUCGAUGACAACAAGAAGCUCUGCCUCAUGAGUGGGGAGAUCAUACAGAUGACGAACAAGAUGAACUUGAUAUUCGAGGCCGCGGACCUGGAGUUUGCCUCGCCGGCCACCGUGUCCCGCUGCGGGAUGAUCUACAUGGAGCCGGAGAUGCUCGGCUGGCGAGCGUUCCUAAGUUCAUACAACGUGUAUUUGACCAAGAAGUUGAUCCCGGAGCAGUACGAGUUGAUCCAAGAGCUGAUAGACUGGCUGGUGCAGCCCAUACUGGACUUCCUCCAGGCCAAGUGCACUGCCUUCGUCAAGGUCGGGGAGAUACACCAGUUCUAUUCGUUCGCGCGCCUGUUCACGUGCCUGCUGGACGCGGAGGCCCAGUUCAGCACGGUGUGGCUGCAGUGUACCUUCGUGUUCACCCUGCUGUGGGGACUCGGCGCCAUCAUCAACGGUGACAGUCGCAAGAUAUUCGAUACGUUCUUCCGCAAGCUUCUAGACGGCAGCAACACGCACUACCCCAAACCGAAGUCCUUCAAACUUGUCAAGAACCAACUGUUCCCUGACAAAGACACUGUGUUCGAUUACUUGUAUGAUAAGAGGAAUAACGGCACCUGGAUAUCCUGGAUGGAGCUGGAGAAGGAGGUUCCACUGUCACCGACUGCUAAGGUGAACGACAUAAUAAUCCUAACGAAUGAGAACGCAUGUCUCCGGUACUUCGUGAACAAGAUGGUGAGGGCGAGCACCCCGAUACUGAUCGUGGGUCCGACGGGCACGGGCAAGUCCUCCAUGGUGCUAAACUACCUACUGUCUCUGCCCAAGGAGCGAUAUAUUACCAAUACCAUCACCUUCUCUGCGAGGACUACGGCUAACCAGACUCAAGACAUCAUUAUGUCCAAAGUGGACAGAAGACGUAAGGGUGUGUUCGGACCCUCCAUGGGGAAAAAGUGCCUUCUAUUCGUGGACGACCUGAGCAUGCCUCAGAAGGAACAGUACGGCGCGCAGCCGCCGCUGGAGCUGCUGCGGCAGUGGAUCGACCACGGACACUGGUACGAUCUCAAGGACAUGGUGCGCCAGGAGGUCGUCGACGUCCUGUUCGUAUCAGCGAUGCUUCCCCCUGGCGGCGGCUCCAACCUGAUCUCGUCGCGACUGACGCGUCACAUGCUGAUAGUGACGCUGGACUCCUUCGAGGACAACACCCUCAACAAGAUCUUCGGCACUAUCAUGGACUGGCAUUUCAGUAAGGGAUUCAUUGAAGCGUUGCAGAGGCAGGCCAAGGCGGUGGUAGCAGCAACUAUGGAAGUAUACAAGGCAGUAACACUGCAGUUCCUGCCGACGCCCAGCAAGUGCCACUACCUGUUCAACCUGAGGGACUUCGCCAGGGUCAUCAAAGGAAUACUCCUUGUACCGUCCACACAUAUGAAGGACCUCAAUAAGUUGGUCAUACUGUGGAUACACGAAGCCUAUCGAGUAUUCUAUGAUAGACUCGCUGAUGAUGCAGAUCGUGAGAAGCUGUACGAAGUUAUAUACAAGGCAGUGUACAACAAUUUCCGCGUGCACAUGGACGCAGUGCUGCAGGAGAUGGGGUUCGUUCCCGAGGGAGAGAAGUGCGGGAACAAACACGCCUGCAACAUCUUCUUCGGGAACUACAUGGAGCCUGACGCUGACCCCAAGAUAUAUGACCAGGUGAUGAGCUUGGAAGACAUGACAUCCAAGAUGGAGUACUACCUGGAGGAGUACAACGUGGUGACGUCAUCCCCGAUGGCGCUGGUCAUGUUCCGAUACGCACUCGACCAUAUCUCGCGCUGCACCAGGGUACUACUGCAAGAUAAUGGUAACCUACUGCUGGUGGGAGUUGGCGGCAGUGGCAGGAGCAGUGCUGUCAAGUUGGCUGCCAGCAUAUUGGAGAUGAAUGUCAUACAGAUAGAAAUAUCCCGAGUGUACGGUCAGAACGAGUGGCGCGAUGACAUCAGGAAGUUGCUGAUGAAGGCUGGCAUCAUUGGGAAGCCUCUCGUGUUCCUCUUCGCGGAUAACCAGAUAAUGUACGAGGGCAUGGUGGAGGACAUCAACAUGUUGCUGAACACAGGCGACAUCCCCAACCUGUACGGUAUUGAUGAGAAGGUGGAGAUCUUGGACAAGAUGCAGACUGCCGUCCGGGAGUCCGGUAAGAAAAUAGAAACGACUCCGCUGGCCAUGUUCGGCUUCUACGUGGAGCGCGUGAAGGCCAACCUGCGCAUAGUGCUGUCGAUGUCCCCCAUCGGGGACUCGUUCCGCAACCGACUCCGCAUGUUUCCCUCACUCAUCAACUGCGCCACCAUCGACUGGUUCACGGCGUGGCCGUCGGACGCGCUGGAGCGCGUGGCGCACAUGUUCAUCUUCGAGAUGGAGGACGUGGACGACGACCUGCGCCUCGCCUGCGUCGACAUGUGCCAGCUCUUCCACACCACCGUCGUGCAGCUCAGCGACAGAUUCUAUAAAGAACAAAGGAGGAUGGUAUACGUCACACCGACUAGUUACUUGGAGCUGAUCAAAGCGUUCAUGUCGUUGUACGCUCUGAAAGUUGAACAGAUCACGAUGUCUAGAAUCAGGUAUGAAACCGGGCUAGAGCAGUUAGACUUUGCAGCAGGUCAGGUGGCAGUAAUGCAGCAGAACCUCAGAGACUUGCAGCCGCUGCUGGUGGAAACCUCAGACAAGACUGAGAAGCUCAUGAUCAAGAUAGAACAAGAUACUGUCGUGGUUGAGAAGCAGAAAGAGAUAGUAGGUGCAGAUGAAGCCUUAGCCAACGAAGCGGCUGCGGCGGCUCAGGCCAUUAAAGACGACUGUGAAUCAGACCUGGCCGAAGCUGUACCAGCUCUGGCAGCCGCCCUGGACGCCCUGAACACCCUGAAGCCAGCUGACAUCACCCUGGUCAAGUCCAUGAAGAACCCGCCCUCAGGAGUCAAGCUGGUGAUGGAAGCUGUGUGCGUGAUGAAGGGGAUCAAGGGAGAUAGGAAGAUAGAUCCUAAUGGGAAACCUUUCGAGGACUACUGGGGCCCGUCCCAGAAGAUGCUCGGAGACAUGAAGUUCCUGGAGAGCUUGAAGAACUACGACAAGGACAACAUACCGCCCGCCAUCAUGAAGAAGAUUAGAGAAAGAUACAUCCCGGACCGUGACUUCGACCCUGCAGUGAUCGCGAAGAUAUCGUCUGCGUGCGAGGGUCUGUGUCGAUGGGUGCGGGCUAUGGAUGUCUACGACAGGGUCAUCAAGGUGGUGGCCCCGAAGAAGGCGGCCCUGUUCGAGGCGGAGUCCGAGCUACAACAACAGAUGAACACACUCAACGCCAAGCGCGCGCAGCUCCAGGCCGUCCUCGACAAGUUGCAGACCCUAAACGACGAGUUUGCGGAAAUGACCCGUAAGAAGAAAGGUCUAGAAGACGAAAUACACCUAUGCUCCACCAAGCUCACGCGAGCUGAGCAGCUCAUUGGGGGACUUGGAGGGGAGAAGGCGAGGUGGACUGACCUCGCCAAGGACUUACAGGAGUUGCUCUCUAAUAUUAUCGGUGAUGUGUUAUUGUCAGCGGGCUGUAUAGCAUACCUGGGCCCUUUUACUGUUAACUACAGAGCCGAGAUUAUACAGAUAUGGAACAAGCGAGCCAGGCAACUCAGGAUCCCCUGCUCGGAGACGUUCUCCCUGAUCACGACGCUGGGCGAGCCGGUCGUGAUCCGAGUGUGGAACAUAGCGGGGCUGCCCGUGGACAACUACUCCAUACAGAAUGGUAUCAUCGUCAUGAAGGCAAGGCGCUGGGCACUCAUGAUAGAUCCGCAAGAGCAAGCAAACAAAUGGGUUAAGAACAUGGAGCGCGAGAACCAGUUGAAGGUGAUAAAGCUGACGGACUCCAACUACGGCAGAGUGCUGGAAAACGCCAUCCAGCUGGGCUUCCCCGUCAUGCUGGAGAACAUACGGGAGACUCUGGAUGCACUACUUGAACCUGUGCUGCUGAGGAACGUCUUCAGGUCUGGUGGAGUGGACUGUUUGAAGUUGGGCGACAACAUCCUGGAGUACAACCACAACUUCAGGUUCUACAUCACCACCAGGCUCAGCAACCCUCACUACUUACCUGAAGUCGCUGUCAAGGUGACCCUGCUGAACUUCAUGAUAACUCCACAAGGUCUGCAAGAUCAGUUACUGGGUAUCGUAGUUGCACAGGACAGACCAGAGCUAGAGCUGAAGAAGAAUCAGCUCAUCGUUGAAGGUGCUCACAAUAAGAGGACGCUCAAGGAGAUCGAGGAUAAAAUUCUUGAGGUGCUAUCAUCAGCCGGCAACAUCCUAGAAGAUGAGUCAGCGAACUUGAUCCUGUCAUCCUCGAGGGUACUCUCCAUCGAGAUCGAGGCCAAGCAGGCGGCCGCCACCAUCACGGAGGCCGAGAUAGACAAGGCCAGGCUCCUGUAUGUGCCCGUGUCACAACAUAGCUCCGUGCUAUUCUUUUGUAUAUCUGAUCUCGCCAAUAUCGACCCUAUGUACCAGUAUUCAUUGGUUUGGUUCAUAAACCUAUACAACCAGGCUAUACUAAACUCCCCGAAGUCUGACGAGCUGUCGGAGCGGCUGGAAGGUCUGAACGCGUUCUUCACCAAGAGUAUCUACGGCAACGUCUGCCGGAGUCUGUUUGAGAAGGACAAGCUCAUCUUCUCACUCGUUCUAACGCUCGGUAUAUUGAGGUCUAAGGGUAAGUUGGACGACGACUUGGUGACGUUCCUCCUGACUGGUGGAGUGGCGCUGGACAAUCCAUACGAGAACCCCGCGGCUGGGUGGCUGUCUGAGAAGGCUUGGUCAGAGGUCGUCAGGAGCAGUAACUUGAAUGCGCUAAAAAACUUCCGGACCCACUUCGAGAACAACGUAAGCAAAUGGAAAAGUUUCUACGACCUGUCGGCGCCACACGAGAACCCCAUGCCGGCGCCCUUCGACGAGCUCGAGGGGAUACCAAAGCUCAUCGUACUCAGAUGCAUCCGUCCAGACAAGCUGAUCCCUCUAGUCCAGCAGUACGUGGUGAAGGAGAUGGGCCAGACUUACAUAGAGCCGCCUCCCUUCGACCUGGACAAGUCCUACAACGACAGCAACUGCUGCUCACCUCUCAUCUUCAUCCUGUCGCCAGGCUCCGACCCCAUGUCGGGGCUUGUUAAGUUCGCCACGGAGAAGAAAGUCGUCAGCUUCGAAACUAUAUCUCUUGGACAAGGACAGGGUCCGAUAGCAUCAGGUAUGAUAUCUAAAGCGAUAGUGACAGGCGGCUGGGUGGUGCUGCAGAACUGCCACGUGAUGACGUCAUGGAUGGGGGAGCUGGAGCGGAUCUGUGCCGAGGUCAUCGUGCCACAGAGCACUCACGCCAACUUCCGCUGCUGGCUGACGUCAUACCCUAGCACUUCCUUCCCUGUUACUGUCUUGCAGAAUGGUGUUAAAAUGACAAACGAAGCUCCAAAGGGUUUGAAAAACAACAUAUACCGCUCGUACAUAUCGGACCCUAUCUGCGACCCUGAGUUCUACAUCUCGUGUCCCCGCACGGAGGACUGGCGCCGACUGCUGUACGCGUUGUGUUUCUUCCACGCCAUCGUGCAGGAGAGGAGGGCCUUCGGACCUCUCGGGUGGAACAUACAGUACGAGUUCAAUGAGAGUGACCUCAGGAUCUGUGUCAUGCAGCUGCAGAUGUUCCUGACGGACUACGCGGAGACUCCGUUCGACGCGCUGAACUAUUUGGCCGGGGAGUGCAACUAUGGCGGCCGCGUCACCGACGACAAGGACCGACGGCUCAUCAUGUCGCUGCUCUCCAUCUUCUACAACGAUCAAGUUACUACCGUGCCCGAUUACUCGUUCUCCCCGAGCGGAGAGUACCGCAUGCCGCCGAGCAUGGACUACAACUCGGUGCUGGAGCACAUCCGCGCGCUGCCCAUGAUCACCAACCCGGAGGUCUUCGGCCUGCACGAGAACGCGGACAUCACCAAGGACAACAAUGAGACUGCCGCGUUGCUAUUCGGCACGCUCCUGACCCAGACGCACAUAGUGAUGGGGGGCGGCGCGGAGGGCGGCGAGGGGGGCGGCGUGGUGGAGCUGACGCGCGACAUGAUGGAGCGCCUGCCCGCGCUGUACGACGUGCAGGCCGUGGCCGACAAGUACCCCGUGCUCUACUACAACAGCAUGAACACCGUGCUCAAACAGGAGCUGAUCCGCUACAACCGUCUCCUGUCCGUGGUAAAACGCACCCUGCAUGGUGUCCACAUGGCAUCUCAGGGUCUGGCCAUCAUGAGCCCGGAGCUGGAGGAGUGCAACGACGCCUUCAUCAAAGGCAAAGUGCCUGGAGUCUGGAUGUCAAAGUCCUAUCCAUCUAUGAAGCCACUAGGGUCUUACGUGUCUGAUUUAUUGUCACGGCUAAGCUUUCUACAAGAUUGGAUAGACGAGGGUCCUCCAGUGGUGUUCUGGAUCUCCGGUUUUUACUUCACGCAGUCGUUCCUGACGGGCGUGCUGCAGAACUACUCACGACACAACAAGAUCCCCAUUGACCAGGUCCACUUUGAGUUCACCAUUACCAGCAUGGAGUCGGACACUAAAGAGGAACCCGAAUACGGGGUCUAUUGCAAGGGCCUAUUCCUCGAGGGCGCAAGAUGGAAUCGUGUAACGAUGAAAAUGGAUGAAUCCUAUCCCAAAAUCUUGUUUGAUACUAUCCCUACAAUCUGGUUCAAACCGGCUUUGAUAGCUGACUUCCAGCCUCCCCCCUGUUACUUCUGUCCUAUUUACAAGACAAGUGAGAGGAAGGGUGUACUGGCGACCACGGGACACUCCAGCAACUUCGUCAUGUACAUCACGCUGGAGACUGACAAGAAGGAACAGCAUUGGAUAAAUAGAGGAGUCGCGAGUCUGACGCAACUCGACGACUAGACUCGAUAGAUAGGAGAUAACGUUAUACAACCCAUGCAAAGUAAUCAGUUAUGUCUAAAAACUGAAAAUUCGCGUCAAAAUUGAAAAUUGAAAAUCGUCAAAUCAGUUCUUUUUGAAAUAAUGCUUUUUACUUUUCUACUACUGCUACUUCUAAUGUUUCUCGAUUUUGUUAUCUAUUAUACUCUACAGUCACUUGGCAAGAUGUAUCAUAUAGUUGGCGAGAUGAUGAGGCAGGUCUAAGUAUAUAUGAAUUUUGGAAAUCUACUUUCGCAUGGCAUGUAAUCAUUUUACAUAUUAAUCAACUGGUGCAUGGAUGAGUGGACAGACAGGUGUGAUCGGUCAUUUAUAUAAUUUGAUUUUAUUAUUUAUUUGUAAUAUGUAAUUAAUAAUUAAUUUUAUCACUGUGAUAAUGUACCUAGUCAUAAUAUCAAUUAUUUGCCAAAUAAAGAAUUUUAAUAGUAAUCUUUGUUUCAAUUAUUAUUUUGAUAUAGACAUCAGACAUAUGCAGGAUACAAAUCACAUAAAGAUACAAAAUAUUAGACAAGUCGCUUUCACUAAAGCGGAAAUAAUUUGUUUAAGUUUUAUAAGUACCUAAUAGGAGGAUAGGUGAAGAACUUACUGUAAUACUUUAGACACAAUCAGAAUUUUAUGAUGGAAAGUUUUCUAACACUAUGCUUUUAUACUAUCUGGAGCUUAACUCAGCAGCCACAACUAACACCACGGCC